AUGGCUGCUGUGGGUGGUUCCUCCAACUGCCCACCCCCUCCCCCUCCUCCUCCUCCUCCUCCUCCCAACAACAACAAUAACAACAACACGCCCAAGAGCCCCAGGGUGUCCGACCCAGAAGAUGAUGAAGAACGCAGGCACAAUGAAGUACUCGGGUACGAGGAGCUCCCCGAAGACAUUGCCAACUAUGACGACCACAUGAACCGGCAGUUUGAGAAUAUGAGCCUGCUAGAUCAGGUGGAGUUACUUGCAGAGAGCUACAGUUUACUGGAUCAUUUAGAUGACUUUGAUGACGACGAAGAUGACGACGACUUUGAUCCUGACUCUGAAGAAUUAAGGUUCAGUGCUGAGUACAGUGAUGAAGACGACCUUGAGCUUCAGGGUGCGGCUGCCCCUGCCUCGCCCUUUUUCUCCGAUGAUGACUGCCUUGACGACCUGCCUGAGAAGUUUGACGGCAACCCUGACACGCUGAAUGCUUUCAUGUACCAGUGCCAGGUCUUCAUGGAAAAGAGCACCAGAGAUUUCUCAGUUGAUCGAGUCCGUGUUUGCUUCGUGACAAGCAUGCUGAUUGGCCGUGCCGCCCGCUGGGCUACUUCCAAGCUGGAGAGAUGCACUUACCUGAUGCACAACUACACUGCCUUUAUGAUGGAGCUGAAGCAUGUCUUUGAAGACCCUCAGAGACGUGAAAUUGCCAAACGCAAGAUCAGACGUCUUCGCCAGGGCCCAGGACUUAUCGUGGACUACUCCAAUGCAUUCCAGAUGAUUGCUCAGGACCUCGAUUGGUCUGAGCCUGCCCUCAUGGAUCAGUUCCAGGAGGGCCUCAACCCAGAGAUUCGCAGGGAGCUGGGUCUCCAGGAGGCCCCCAGGUCCCUGGCUGGCCUGAUCACUGCGUGCAUUCACAUCGAGAGAAGACUGGCCCGUGAUGCUGCUGCUAAGCCUGAUCCCACGCCAAGGGCCCUGGUGAUGCCUCCAAACAGCCAGGAUGAUCCCACCGUGCCCUUCGGAGGUGCCCGCAUGCGCCUGAGCAAGGAAGAAAAAGAAAGACGCCGCAAGAUGAACUUAUGUUUGUACUGCGGCAACGGAGGCCAUUUUGCUGACACGUGUCCAGCGAAAGCCUCCAAAAAUUCGCCGCCGGAACUCCCCGGCCCCGCUGUAGGGGGACCUUCAGCGACAGGGCCAGCGCGAAUAAGGUCCCCACCCUCCGAGGCUACGAUUCAGCACCUGCAAGUGAUGCUCCAGAUCCAUAUCCCGGGCAGACCCACCCUGUUCGUCCGGGCUAUGAUUGAUUCUGGUGCAUCAGGCAACUUCAUCGACCAAGACUUUGUUAUACAAAAUGCAAUUCCUCUCAGAAUCAAAGCAUGGCCAGUUAUGGUGGAAGCUAUUGAUGGGCAUCCUAUAGCCUCGGGCCCAAUCAUUCUUGAAACCCACCAUCUGAUAGUUGAUCUGGGAGACCACCGUGAGAUACUGUCCUUUGAUGUGACUCAGUCUCCGUUCUUUCCUAUUGUCCUAGGAAUUCGUUGGCUGAGCACGCAUGACCCUCACAUUACCUGGAGCACUCGCUCCAUUGUCUUCAACUCUGAUUACUGCCGAUUUCGCUGCCGGAUGUUUGCCCAGAUACCUCCUACGGUACUGUUUCCAACACCGCAUCCGAAUUUGCAUCCGCAUCUAAUUCAGCAUGUGCAUCCGCAUCUACAUCAGCAUCUGCAUCAGCGCCUGCAUCAGUUUCUGCAUUCAGAUCGUCAUCUCUUUCUGCAGCCGGGUCUGCAUCUCCAUCAUCAGCCAGAUAUGCAGCAGCAGGAGCAACAGGCAGAUAUGCAGCAGGGGCAACAGGCAGAUAUGCAGCAGCAGGAGCAACAGGCAGAUAUGCAGCAGCAGGAGCAACAGCCAGAUAUGCAGCAGCAGCAGCAGCAGCAGCAGCAGCCAGAUAUGGAGCUCCAACUGCAGCAGUACCUGUAUCAGUAUCUGUAUCACCAUCUGUAUCCGGUUCUGCACCACCAUCUGCAUCCGGAUCUGCAUCACAAUCUGCAUGAUUAUCUGCAUCAGUAUCUGCAUCAGUAUCUGCAUCAGUUUCUGCAUCACCAUUUGCAUCCAGAACUGCACCAGUAUCUUUAUCAGUAUAUGCAGCAGCAUAUGGAUCCAGAGCCGCAUCAGGAUGGACUUCAGGAUGGACUUCAGGAUGGGCUUCAGGAUGGACUUCAGGAUGGACUUCAGGAUGGACUUCAGGAUGGACUUCAGGAUGGACUUCAGGAUGGACUUCAGGAUGGACUUCAGGAUGGAUUUCAGGAUGGAUUUCAGGAUGGACAUCAGGAUGGGCAUCAGGAUGGACAUCAGAAUGGCCAUCAGGAUGGAUUUCAGGAUGGACAUCAGAAUGGGCAUCAGGAUGGAUUUCAGGAUGGACAUCAGAAUGGGCAUCAGGAUCCUCAUCAGGGUCCUCAUCAGGAUCCUCAUCAGGGUCCUCAUCAGGAUCACCAUCAGGGUCCUCAUCAGGAUCACCAUCAGGGUCCUCAUAUGGAUCACCAUCAGGGUCCUCAUAUGGAUCCCCAUAUGGGUCCCCAUAUGGGUCCCCAUAUGCACCCGCACCUGCACCCGCACCUGCACCCGCACGUGCAUCCCCAUCCACCGUUCUUCUACCACAUGGCUGGAUUCAGAGUUCUCCAACCUAUACGGUAUUGCUACGUGCAGAAUGUGUAUACGCCUGUGGAUGAGCAUCUCUAUCCUGGUCACCGGCUGGUUGACCCUAACAUUGAGAUGAUUCCUGGAGCGCACAGCCUUCCCAGUGGACAUUUGUACUCGAUGUCUGAGUCUGAGAUGAAUGCCCUGCGGAAUUUCGUGGACAGGAGUGUGAAAGAUGGGCUCAUGACUCCCACCGUGGCACCCAAUGGAGCCCAAGUCAUGCAAGUGAAAAGAGGGUGGAAGCUUCAAGUUACCUACAAUUGCCGAGCUCCACACAGCGGCACCAUCCAAAAUCAGUACUUUCGCCUGUCUCUUCCAAAUAUGGGAGACCCUGCACACCUGGCAUCCUAUGGCGAAUUUGUCCAUCUUCCUGGCAUCCACCCGUAUCCUGUCUAUGUCGUCUAUACAGGUCCUCAAACGAUUACUGCAUGGUACCCAGUAGGCCGAGAUGUCCACGGGAGAUUAAUCCUUGUACCUGUUGUCAUCACCUGGUAUCCAAAUAUGCACCGCCAGCCUCCGGUGCCCCAGUAUCCUCCUCCUCCGCCACCUCCUCCACCUCCACCUCCACCACCACCUCCACCAGCAUCCUUCAGUGCUGCGUAGAUACCUGUCAUGUCCUUCGUAGACCCUGCCGUCAACUUGAUCCUGUGCCGCUUCUCAAUGACUGUGUGCUACUGGACCUUCAGGCCGACUGAGGCACAGGGGCAUGCAGGACUAAAGUCAGUUUUCAUCUUGACUGACAAUUUGUACAUAGACAGGCCUGGGUUUUACUUGUUAAAACCUCUCACCAUCUUAAUCACAGGCUGCCAGAUGUCUUUACAGAGAAGCUGAGACAAACACAGGCUAUGCUGACUUCUUGCAGAAGGAGAGAAGAGGAAGAGGAGGACAUGACCAGCCCGUAUUAUCUCCGGGCACCUUAUAAAGGAAGCCAGACUUUGAGGUGCAGUAUGGAAAGGCUUCCGUGAUCCCCUUACUGCACCACCUUCAAACUUCACCGUUCCGCUCCUUUUCAAGGAGCACUGACUUGACAUGGAAUUAGAGCACUGGACAUCAUCUUGAAGAUACGGACUUCUAAGGAUGGUGUCUCUCGCUACGACCUUGAAACGUUUGUUUAACCUCUCUUUUUGUUUGAUUCUUCACUACCACUACCAUCAAGCCUGCUGCAGGAUUUGUUGCCGUUCUGCCUGAUUACUGAGACUCCAUUUUGCUGCUAUGCAAGGAGAUGAGAGAGGCAGGCCUAAAGGGGCAUGUGUGUCAACACAGCCUCCAGUUGCCAAACUCAGUUUGUGCAGUGGGCCAUAACAUGUUUUUGUUUUUUUUUUUUU